AUGAAGCUCCGAAACGUAUUCCAUCUUAUGGCCUUGCUGGUCGGCACCGGUGCUGUCGAUGCUGCGCUAUACCGCCGAGACUACGACGCCCACGACUACUUUGCGGUCCAUCUACACUCCUCGGUUUCGCCCGCCCGGGUAGAACAGUUGCUAGGAGCCCGGCAUGAAGGCCAGAUAGGAGAGUUGGAUGGACACCACACGUUUUCUAUAAAAAAGGACACAGGUGCAGACCUGAACCAGAUACUCGAAGACCUGCAGAGAAGGUCUCGCCGCCGGAGAUCGUUGGAAGCCCGUGGAGAACCUGCCGGCACAGACGGACUGGAUGGGAUACUGUGGUCAGAAAAGCUGACGCUGAAGAAACGACUCCAUAAACGAGUGCCUCCGCCUCCCCUUGCGCUCAACCAGCGUAUACCUGAUAAAACUCCAGACCCUGAGGCACAGUCGAGGCAGGGUGAGAUUGCAAAUGCCUUAGCCAUACGUGAUCCGUUGUUCAAGGAACAAUGGCAUCUCUUCAACCCGUUCACCCCCGGAAACGAUCUCAAUGUUACCGGUCUAUGGCUAGAAGGUAUCACAGGAAAGGGGUCUAUUUCUGCCAUCGUUGACGAUGGCUUGGAUAUGUACAGCAACGAUCUAAAGGAUAAUUACUUUGCCAAGGGCUCCUACGACUUUAACGAGAUGCAGGAGGAACCACGGCCUUUGCUCGAUGAUGAUAAGCAUGGCACUAGAUGUGCCGGCGAAGUUGCAGCGGUUCACAAUAAUGUCUGUGGUGUGGGCGUUGCAUACGAUAGCAAAGUUGCCGGGAUUCGCAUCUUGUCGAAAUACAUCAACGAUGCAGACGAAGCCGAAGCGGUCAACUACGGAUUCCAGGAGAAUCAUAUCUACUCAUGCUCAUGGGGCCCAAUUGACGAUGGUAUGACGAUGGAUGCACCGGGACUCCUGGUCCGUCGAGCCAUUGCCAACGGUGUUCAAAAGGGUCGUGGCGGCAAGGGCUCCGUUUUUGUCUUUGCUGCCGGAAACGGAGCAGGUCACGAAGAUAACUGUAACUUUGACGGCUACACUAACAGUAUCUUCAGUAUUACUGUUGGUUCUGUUGAUUGGAACAAUGAACACCCAUACUACUCCGAAUCAUGCUCUGCGCAGUUGGUUGUGACAUAUAGCAGUGGAAGCAGUGGAUACAUCCAUACCACCGAUGUGGGAUCCGACACUUGUUCGUCAUCCCAUGGAGGAACUUCCGCAGCCGGUCCUUUGGUCGUUGGUGUCAUGGCACUUGCUCUCCAGGUCCGUCCAGAAUUGACCUGGCGUGAUCUGCAAUACAUCCUUGUUGAAACUGCAGUUCCUAUAAACGAAACUUCUGAGGGAUGGCAGACUACAUCCAUAGGAAAGAAGUUCAGCCACGAUUUUGGCUACGGCAAGGUUGAUGCUUAUUCUACCGUUCACCUGGCUAAAACAUGGAAGCUCGUCAAGCCACAAGCUUGGUUCCACUCACCAUGGUUGAAGGUUUAUCAUGAUAUUCCAGAGGGCGAAAAGGGAGUAUCCACUUCCUUUGAUAUAUCUCCCGAGAUGCUGAAGGAACAUAACUUGGAGAGAGUUGAACAUGUUACCGUCACUAUGAAUGUCAACCAUACCCGUCGCGGUGAUCUCAGCGUCGAGCUUCGCAGCCCGAGCGGUGUCGUCAGUCACCUUAGUACCACUCGAUCUAAAGACUCUGAAAGAGUUGGAUACGUUGACUGGACUUUCAUGUCUGUUGCUCAUUGGGGUGAAAAGGGAACAGGAGUCUGGACCGUCAUUGUCAAGGAUACCGUUGUUAACAAUUACAACGGAACAUUCCUUGACUGGCGUCUUACUCUAUGGGGAGAAUCUAUCGAUCCCAGCAUUCAAAAACUACACCCUCUCCCCGAUGCUCAUGACCACGACCAUGAUACCGCCAUUCCAGCCCCCCACGUCAGCACGGCUUCCGUUCAGCCAGGGCCAACUAAGACCAGCCCUCCAUUCCGUCCUACCGAUCAUAUUGACCGACCAGCACGGCCAAAACCAACAGGAUCCAAAAACCCAGAUCCUACUGCCACCACCGCAGCGGCACCUUCGGCAGGAGCGGAAAACUUCCUCCCUUCGCCUUUCCCAACCUUCGGUGUCUCAAAACAUACCCAGAUCUGGAUCUACGGCUCCAUCGCCCUGAUACUCAUCUUCUGCACCGCACUGGGCAUAUACUUCUGGAUUCAGCGUCGAAAACGCCUACGCAACAAUCGCAAUGAAUACGAAUUCGAAAUGGUAGCGAACGAAGAUGAAGGUUUCCCACUCAGCGGUGCCGGUGUCGGAGGCAAAAAGGGCACUCGUCGCGGAGGAGAGCUAUACGAUGCAUUCGCCGGCGACAGCGAUGACGAAGACCCUCUAUUCAGCAGCGAAGAUGAAGACUCGAACGAAUAUGCGGAUGCAGCUGAAGAUGAUGACUCCUACCACGACGAUGGACCACAAGUUACCCCUCCGGAGUCUACAACUAGAUCAUGA